AUGUCGCAACCAACGAAAAUAAAAGCAGUCUUCUUUGACUUCAUGGGAACAUGCCUCGAUUGGCACAGUAGUGUCGUGCAGGCUCUACCCCCCGCCAUUCCCAAAGCCGAAGCCUCUAAACUCGCUAUUGAAUGGCGGCGACGUUACUUCAUCGCCAACAGAGAGCGCCUUGCCCAAAAGCUUGCGCCCGAAGAUAUAGACGACACGCUCAUUCGCGUGCUUGACAACGUACUGGAAGACUCACCAGAGUAUAAGCAACAUUUCGAUGCGCCAAUCAAAGAACAAUUGAUUACUGCCUGGCAUUCUCAGCCAGCUUGGCCAGAAGUUAGACAUGCAAUUCAGUCGAUCCGAGAAGACCUUGGUCUGGAAGUCUUUGUUCACGCCAAUGGCACAACACGCCUGCAGCUUGACCUAACUCGCUUUGCUGGGCUCAACUUCAACAUGCUCUUCUCUAGCCAACUGUUGGGGACGUACAAGCCAGAUCCGGAGGCGUACAACAAGGCGUUGCGACUCGUCAAGCUCAAGCCUGAAGAAGUUGUGUUGGUUGCGGCUCACGCAUUUGAUCUGAGAGGAGCGCAAAAUGUUGGAAUCAAGACUAUCUACAUUCAUCGUUGGACUGAUGAUGUUGAUGAGGAUAUGGACAAGGUGAAGGGAGAGUUUGGUGCUUUUCUGGAGGGGAUGGAGGAUUUGCCUGCCACAAUUGAGAGAAUGCAAUCUUGA